UUCCGUGCCGACAGUUAGGAUCACGCGCCCACUCCCCGCAUUCUUCUUCCUUUCGCCUUCGUCUUCCCGACGUCUCCCUCUCUCUCGCUCCUCCUCACUUCUCUCUCUACGUAUACCCAGGCAAGAAAAGCAGAGCACCCAGCAACAGCCCAGCCAAGCUAACUCCGGCCGUCAGCCAUGGGCACGUACAAGUGCUGCCUCAUCUUCAAGCGCCGGUACCGCUGGACGGACGCGCCGCCGCCGGAGGACGUGCGCUCGCUCUUCGCGCAGCACUCGGGCGGGACGGCCACCAUGGGCGCCGACGGGCUGCGCCGCUACCUCGAGUCCACCGGCACCGACCCGGACUUCGACGGCGACGCCGAGGCCGAGCGCCUGCUCGACCAGAUCCGCCAGGCCCAGCGCGUCCGGGUCCCGCGCGUGGGGCGCCCGCUCCUGGGCAUCGACGACUUCCACCGCUUCCUCUUCUCCGACGACCUCAACCCGCCGCUCCGCCGGCCGCAGGUCCACCACGACAUGGCCGCGCCGCUCUCCCACUACUACGUCUACACGGGCCACAACUCCUACCUCACCGGCAACCAGCUCAGCAGCGACUGCAGCGACGUCCCCAUCAUCAAGGCGCUGCAGAGGGGCGUCAGGGUCAUCGAGCUCGACAUGUGGCCCAACUCCGCCGAGGACGACAUCAGCAUCCUCCAUGGCAGGACAUUGACCACCCCAGUUUCACUGCUCAAGUGCUUGAGGUCCAUCAAAGAGUAUGCUUUCGUCGCCUCGCCUUACCCUGUUAUCAUAACGCUCGAAGACCACCUUCCACCUCAACUCCAGGACAAAGUUGCCAAGAUGGUCCUCGAAGUAUUUGGCAACAUACUCUAUUACCCUGAAGAAGAACAUCCCAAAGAACUCCCUUCACCGGAAGAACUCAAGGGCCGUGUUCUCCUGUCGACAAAGCCCCCAAAGGAGUACCUUGAAGCCAAGGCUGGUGGUACCAUCAAAGACGGUGACACAGAAGCGAAUCCCGGCAAAGGAGGAACUGACGACGAUGCGGCUUGGGGAAAAGAAGUCCCUGAUUUUAAGACUGAAAUCCAGUUUGCUAAACAGGAAGAUGAUGACGAAGAUGAUGAUGAGGAGGAGGAGGACGAACAGAAAAUUCAACAGCAUCUAGCUCCACAAUAUAAGCACCUUAUUACUAUAAGAGCAGGAAAGCCCAAGGGUGGUAGUACGUCUGAUGCCUUGAAGAGCGACCCAAACAAAGUUAGGCGGCUCAGUUUGAGCGAGCAACAGCUUGCAAAAGCUGUAGUUAAUCAUGGUACCGAAAUAGUGAGGUUUACACAGAGAAACCUACUGAGGAUAUACCCAAAGGGCACUCGGAUUACUUCAUCCAACUAUAAUCCGUUUAUUGGCUGGGUGCAUGGUGCUCAGAUGGUGGCCUUCAAUAUGCAGGGAUAUGGAAGAGCACUUUGGUUAAUGCAUGGAUUUUAUAAAGCCAACGGUGCCUGUGGCUACGUGAAGAAACCAGAUUUCUUGAUGCAAUCUGAACCAGAAGUUUUUGAUCCAAAGAAAACUCAACCUGUUAAGAAAAUUUUGAAGGUAAAAGUGUACAUGGGCGAUGGUUGGCGGAUGGACUUCAAGCAGACGCACUUUGAUCAAUACUCUCCUCCAGAUUUUUAUGCACGGGUUGGGAUAGCCGGUGUUCCAGCGGACUCUAUAAUGAUGAAGACAAAGGCGAUCGAGGACAACUGGGUGCCGGUGUGGGGGGAGGAGUUCUCCUUCGAGCUGACGGUCCCGGAGCUCGCGCUGCUCCGCGUGGAGGUGCACGAGUACGACAUGUCGGAGAAGGACGACUUCGCGGGGCAGACCGUGCUGCCGGUGUCGGAGCUGCAGCCCGGGAUCCGUGCGGUGGCGCUCUGCGACCGCAAGGGGAACAAGUACCCCAACGUCAAGCUCCUCAUGCGCUUCGAGUUCGAGUCGGUCUGAUCUGGUUUGGUCUGAGAAAGCUGAGAGACGGCAUGUUGGUGUUUGUGCAUUCUUUGUUCAUUCUGUACAUAUGUGAAUGUGCGGUGGUGGUGCCGUCUGUGUGAAUAUGCGAUGUGCUGUUGGUGUGUGUCUAUGUCAGUUGUGUGUGUUUGUGCAUAGGCACAACGAUUCAUGAGACUCUGUUCAUGUGUUGUGAAUGAACAAAUAAUAAAAGGUGAUUGUUUUCACCAUCAUCCGUUAA